AUGGCUCCGAACACAACAGCCGAAGCCAAUUCAACAGAUUCCGAAUCUGUUGCUAGGACAGGAGAUAAGAGGAAAAGAGAUGGAACGUCAGAUUCUCAGUCGCCACCGGUACCGAAGAAAAAGAAUGGAACAGAGUCAAUAGUCAGUGUUCCAGAGAAACAAACAGACUGCCAAAAAGCUCUCAACAACACCAAGGUCCUCAAAGAGUUCCGCAUUACAUUCCACUCACAGAAGUUCUCCCCCCAGCGUCCGGGAAAUGUUCCUGAGGAACAUCAGACAAAGUUCAAGCACAUUAAGCAAUUGGGCGAGAUCAGUUACGAUUCGUAUGCAGUACAACCUCGACCUGAUACUGCCAACAAACCAUGGGAGCUUGAGAACAAGUUGCGGGCUAGACGGGUGAGCGAGAAAGCAAUCCAAGCGAAAAGUGACUAUCAGAACGAGGAUGGAUGGCGAAUGGCUGGGGGGCUUGAGAGCCUCGUAUUUAAACGCUUUGAAAUCGAAGUCGCAUGUCAGGAGUGCCGCAAACGUCUGUGGCAAUCCUUCGUCGAGGUCAACCCGGAAGAAGGCAAUAGUCGAACGAAGAACCUGGUAGAGCGUCAACAGCGUCGUACAAUAUGCGAAUGUGAGCCAUUGUCAAAGCAGCAUAACACUUUGAGUACAGGGCUGACCGACAUAUUCACUACACGUAUCGGCGAGCGAAGCAUCAUACAGGACGAUCCCGAAAACCACAGUAAAAUAGAGAUGCGGCCUGAUCGAAUCUAUGGACUGAGAACUACAGAUGCCAUUAAGAAGAUUUUGAAGCAACCACAUACUCGCCACUUGAAUGAAGUCUCAGAGCUUAACGAUGACCUACGAGGCAAAUUGACUAUCAGCUGCAAUCCAGAUAGUGGUGGAGAAGCUUCAAUAUAUCCUUUCUUGGCGAUGGAGGCUAAAAGCCUCAAAGGCAGAGGCAAUUUCCUGGACAUUGAGGUACAGACGGCAGCACCUAUAAGAAAUCAUUUAUACCUACAGCUCAAGCUCCAAGAAGAUGAGUUCAACAAGAUGCCGACACCAGGAGGUCCGUUGUCUUGGUUUUUUGCGUAUGUUGGUGAGACGUGGAGAGUGUAUGGGUGUUACGUCACAAAGUCUAGCCCAGGCAAUCUGAUCUGUUAUGAUAUUGUUCGCCUUUGGCAAGGAGAUAUCACUAGCUACGACGAAGCACUUCAACUGAUUCUAAUCAUGGACUACAUCGUUGAUUGGGCGCGUGACAUCUUCCGGCCCAGUAUCAUGAGACAACUCAUGUCCGUCGUAGACAGGGGUGAACAUUCGUCUUACACAAUUGUCGAUCAAUCUGAUAUCCUUUCGAUACGCGAUUAUGCAAACUCUCGAUAUGGUGGCAGGCCUGUCCCUACCAUUGCCGGAGCUGGAACACUCGAGACGCCUGCGGAAUCGGAAUUUGAUGCAAUAAACUCCACGAUCGACUCUUCUUUCGAGCCACUCUUAGCGACUACAGGAAAACAUGUGGAUAUCAGGGUCUGGGGAGGCGCUAAAUAUCAGUCACGAGUUCGAGGGCUUUUUAUCACCGAAGAUGACACUGCUGCUAUGAAACAUCUUAUACACACGGACUACAAAAGAUUGGAAACCAUUAGCUCGGAUCGCUGUUGGUUUCUCUUGUCAAGUGUCCAAGACAUCAAAAUCAUCGAAGAGGCUUGGACUGGGACUCAAGAGAUCAAGGAUGUGCAAAAGCUUCGGCAGCAAAAGAUCUUGAUCUCUCUCUAUGUGCAGUACCGCAAAGAUCUUAAUGGCGCGCCUAUACGUGAAUUGACGUAUCUUGCUCUUACUGAAGCAGCUGCCCGCGAGACAUUAUAUCCUUUUGGAUAUAUGCUAGAGGAAAUUGAGCUGGUUGCUCCAGCUGAAGAACUUGCAAUCAAACUGAGAGAAGCCUGGCAUUCGAGCAACAAGAACUACUACAAGCGUUACGCCAGCGGCAAAAGUAGCGUACUUUGUGUCACCGCAUCUGACUACGACAAAUCGGUAGACCGUGUCGUCCUUGGCUUCUACAGCGACCGCGAGAUGACGAAUCACGCUAGAAGACUGGAUUUAUUCUUCAAGACCGCUUGUGAGGAUCGGAAAGGAGAGCUUUACAAGGUCUAUGCGCCAUGCUCUCGGUACACAAAAGUCGUCCAUUCGCUUACCGUUGAGCCUCAUUGCGCCCUCAACCCUGACCAAGAUUGCGUUUUCAUCAACACAGACGCCAUGCGAUCCGGAAUUUGCGUCUACGUCAAUAAUGCAGCAUCUCAAAAGAUCAGCCAUAGGUUGGUUAUCCGAUAUCUUCUGCAAAUGGUAGUCAUCCUUUGGAACAGCACAUGGCUGGAUUCGAAGUCCGCCUUUUAUACGAAUGAUGAGUCGCGUAUCGACAGUAAGAUACUACUAUGGAUCGUGUCAGAUCCCCAAUGGGGUUUGUAUCUUACAAUGAAACCUCCUCUGAACAUGCCUGAUAUGUACAAAGUUCAUAUGUACAAAGUCCACAAACAUCUGGCGUGGUACCGCAGAGUAUUACUCAGACACAAGUGUGGGACGGGUAUGGUCGGAUCCGAACACGGGCGCAGUACUGUUGAAUCCGAAUUCUACAAAGAAGGGCACGAAAACAUUCAACGCUACAUUCAGCGCGCUUGCAAGAAUUGCGACUACAAGCAUUAUUCUGAUCCAGCUGCGUCAGGUCCUACAUUUUGCUUCCGCGACGAAGACUUCAUACCAAAAGAAGGACUCCAGAAUCCUCCCAGUUCCGAGUUAUAUGGUGAUUGA